AUGACUGGUUUGGGAAGAUUAUCUUAUUUCCUUGGAUUUGAGUUCACAACUAGCAAAGCAGGCAUAGUGAUGCAUCAACAGAAGUACAUUGGAGAACUGCUUGAAAGAUUUCAAAUGAUUGAUUGCAAUAAUGCAUCAAAUCCAUCUGAAACAAAUGCUAAACUAGAUGAAUGUAGUAAUGAAGAAAAGGCGGAGUCUACUGAAUUCAAACAGAUAGUGGGAUCACUAAGAUACUUAUGCAACAACAGACCAGAUAUAUGCUUUGCAGUAAGUAUAAUCAGUAGAUUCAUGAAUGAUCCAAGGAAGUCUCAUCUCACUGCAGCUAAAAGAAUAUUGAGAUAUGUGAAAGGUACAUUGAAGUUUGGCCUGUUAUUUCCAGCUGCAAAUAAAGUAGGAGAAGCUGAAUUAGAGGGAUACUCUGAUUCAGACUGGUGUGAAGAUAUAAUGGAUAGGAAGAGCACUUAUGGCUACCUAUUCAAGUUCAAUGGUGUUGCAAUCUCAUGGUGCAAAAAGAAACAACCUGUAACGCCCUAG